GAGGAUCUACUGAAGGAUCCGGUGACUACUGUCUGUGGAUACAGCUACUGUAAGAGCUGUAUUAACACCCACUGGGACAAAGAGGAGGAGAGAGGAAGCUACAGCUGUCCUCAGUGUAGACAGACCUUCACACCGAGGCCUGUCCUGGAGACAAACACCAUGUUAGCUGAUCUACUGGAGGAGCUGAAGAAGACUGGACUCCAAGCUGCUCCUGGUGAUCACUGCUAUGCUGGACCUGAAGAUCAGUGGAUCUGUUAUCUCUGCUCUGUGGAGGAACAUAAAGGCCACGACACAGUGUCAGCUGCAGCAGAAAGGACUGAGAGGCAGAGAGAGCUCGGGCUGAGGAGACAAACAAUCCAGCAGAGAGUCCAGGACACAGAGAAAGACGUGAAGCUGCUUCAACAGGAGGAGGAGGCCGUCAAUGGCUCUGCUGAUAAAGCAGUGGAGGACAGUGAGGAGAUCUUCACUGAGCUGAUCCAUCUGCUGGAGAAAAGAAGCUCUGAUGUGGAGCAGCAGAUCAGAUCCCAGCAGGAAACUGAAGUGAGUCGAGUGAGAGAGCUUCAGGAGAGACUGGAGCAGGAGAUCACUGAGCUGAAGAGGAAAGACCAUGAACUGAAGCAGCUCUCAGACACAGAGGAUCACAACCAGCUUCUACACAACUACCCCUCACUGUCACCACUCAGUGGAUCUACACACUCAUCAAGCUUCAGGAUCCGUCCUCUGAGGAACUUUGAGGACGUGACAGCAGCUGUGUCCCAGGUCAGAGGUCGACUACAGGACAUUCUAAGUGAGACAGAGACAAAGAUUUUACAGAUUGUGUCUCGAGUGGAUGUUUUACUGCGAGAACCAGAGCCAGAGACCAAAGCUGACUUCUUAAGAUAUUCACAGGAAAUCACACUGGAUCCAAACACAGCACACAGAGAGCUGUUAUUAUCUGAGGGAAACAGAAAAGUAACAUGGAUGACAGAAUAUCAGUCUAAUUCUGAUCACCCAGACAGAUUCACUGAUUGGUGGCAGGUCCUGAGUAGAGAGAGUCUGACUGGACGUUGUUACUGGGAGGUGGAGUUGGGGGAGGGAGUUGGUGUAGCAGUCGCAUACAAGAAUAUCAGAAGAGUAGGAUACUUAGAUGAAUGUAUAUUUGGAUUCAAUGAUAAAUCUUGUUCAUUAUGUUGUGAUGGAAACAGUUAUAUCUUUCGUUACAACAAUAUCGAGACUCCAGUGUCAGGUCCUGUGUCCUCCAGAGUAGGAGUGUACCUGGAUCACAGUGCAGGUGUUCUGUCCUUCUACAGCGUCUCUGACACCAUGACUCUCCUCCACAGAGUCCAGACAACGUUCACUCAGCCUCUCUAUGCUGGAGUUGGGGUUUGUUGGUCUGGAAUCACAGCUGAGUUCUACCACAGACCACAGACCACAGUCUACAGACCACUGUCAGUAGACCAGCGCUUCACAGCAAAACUACUCCACAACAACUCUAUCACACUGGAUCACCUGCGUUCAUCCAACAUGGAGAGGAUCAACUGCUCAGGAGACAAAUGUGAUGAAGGAACUCAGACGAACGAUGAGCUGGCUGCUGAGAACGCUGCUCUCAAGGAGCAGGUGGCAAAGCAGGCAGCAGAAAACGCUGCUCUGGCUGCAAGAGUCACCGAUCUGGUAAAGAAUCCUCGGAUAAGGCAGCUGACUGCUGAGAAUGCAGCUUCGGCUAAGGACACUGCUGCUCUUCAAAAGCAGACUCCAAGAAACAUUGCUCUCUUUGCAACGAACCCUGCUGUGCAAAAGACGGCUGCAGAGAACGCUGCUCUGGCUGCAGAAAACCGUGCUCUGUUUGUCCAAAACGCAGAUCUCAGGAAGCAGAUCCACUCGACUGCCUCCCAGCUGUGUGAGGCCAGAGGCGACCUGGUCAACAAGGAGAAGUCUGCGGACACAGCAGGAGCCAGACAGGAGGAGAUGGAGAAGGACCUCGAAGCUCUGAGGACACUGAGGAAAGAGAAGGAGGAGGAAAACUUCUCCCUCAGCGCUGAUCUUCAGCUGCAGUACCUGGACAAAGUGAUAGAGGAAAACGAGUGGGAGGGGAAAUUAGAAGAUCUGCAGGAGAACUACGAGGAGAAGCCGAAAAGCAGCUUACAAGAGAUAGAGGAUCUGAUGAACCAGAUGAGGGAGGCCGAGGAGGAGUUGUCUGCAGAGCUGGAAGAAGUCAAUUUCCUGACCCUGCAGAACAUUGCGCUUCAGGAACUGUCCUUGAAGACCGAUGAGUAA